GCCUCCUGUCGCGGGGUGCCAGCCCGCCGGGGCAGCGGCCCCCUCCCCCGUCCCGGGCCGGGGCGGUUUCUGGCGGCGCGGAAGUGGCUGUGGCGGGCAAAGCGGUACGCCGCGGCGCGGGAAAUCCGCCCCUGCGGAGGCUGCGCGCAGGUCACUCCAGCGCCGAAGCCCGAUGGCCGGGGCAGGUGCUCCGGCAGAGCCGCGGGUUUCUAAAGACUAAUCUCGGGGUGUCUGUUUGUUACAGGAAAUAAAGGGGUUCUGAUGCAAGGAAAAGGAUGAAAUUUAGUUGCCUUUCCUUCCGACAACCCUACGCGGGAUUAAUUUUAAACGAAGUCAAAACAGUAGAGACCCGCUGGCGUCCUUUGCUAGCGAAGUACAAGAGCUGCACCGUUGCUAUUCACAUAGCUGUGAAGGACUGGGAAGACGAAAGCUGGAGAGCAAUUCUUUUGAGUAGGUUUGGUAUGACACCAGAACAAGUGCAAGAUUUGUUGGAUAAAGGGGAAAAAUUUGGCAGAGGAGUUAUUGCAGGAUUAAUUGACAUUGGAGAGACAUCCCUGUUUCCAGAGAACUUGCCUCCUGAAAAGGUUCUGGAUCUGGAAACCAAAGCUGUCCUUAGUAAUCUAGAACAGAGAUACCUGACUGUUGUUUCAAAUCCAAGAUGGCUCCUGGAACCAAUUCCUGCCAGAGGGGCAAGAGGUGUGUGGCAGGUGGACAUCCCUGAAGAACUGAUCCCUUCAGAAGUGUAGGUGUUGCCCCUCACCAUUCUUUUUCCUACCUAAAUGAAAACUUGUAAUUCACCAGUCAGCAACUUGAAUGCCAGUGAGUUGUUUAGGAUUCCCUUCCAAAAUUAAUUGUUUGAAAGACGUUUGGAGAACUGCUCUUUUAAGGCAGAAUAAACUAGAUGUAAUUUUUGUAACCAUUACUGGAAGUUAUUAGUGGUUUAGUUAUUUGUAUGUGAACAAUGUAGUAAGUAAAGGCAAUUAUUUUAAAAGACAUGGUUGAUGCAUUGUGUGCCAAUUUAAGAUGUGAGUAAAUACAACUAUACUCUGAUGUGUGCAUCUCCCAUUAUGAGGAGGGAGUUUAUAGGACCCUUCAGCAAAACCACACCUGAAAGCAGGCUGCCCUCAUCAACACAUCUGUCUCAGAGUCUGCUCCUAACCUUCCAUUAGUGGGAUCACUGAGCAAGAAAUCAUUUGAGAUCAAGUCAGUCCUAGGGGCUUCUCAAACAGGUGGACAUUUCUGCACCUGGUGUGCAUUACAUGCUGUAAAUACAAAACUUCCAGAAAGGACCAGAUUUUCCUCAUUCACAGGUCAUGUAGAUUAGAUGUGCCUAUGAUGGGGGGAGCAGCCUGCAGUAUACAGUUGCUGUAGUGGCCCACACUGCUCCCUGCCC